CCCCGCCCUCGGUCUCCGGACAUGGCGGUCACGAAGCUUAACCCAUCCGCGCCGCCGUUCCAAUGCUCCCGCCGCCCCCCGGUGCUCGCGCCGGCGCCGCCUCCUCCCCCUCCGUUGUACCACGCCGCCGCUGGCGCGUGCACGGGCUCGCCUUUCUUCCCCUUCUACGCCACCUACUCGUGCGCCUCGUUCCCCUUCCACGGCCACCUCUACCCGCCGUGCGGCUACCCGGCGCAGAUGGGUCCUCCGCCUUCGGGCACGCUGUUCGCCAAGGGCGCCGCCGUCGCGGCGGCGCCGGCCGCGGCGCCGCACGGGCGUCCUCCGCACAAGCUCAUGCUGUGCAAGGGCGCCCCCACGGUCACCGACGAGAAGCUACGCGCGCAGGCGCAGGCCGCGGCCAAGGCGGCGGCCGUGCAGGCGUGGCGACCGGCUCCGGCCACUAUCGCCACCGGGGCGCCGCCCCGGAUGCUGGUGGCCGCCGCGCCGUGCGGGAUGCUGCACCCGGCCGUGGGCAAGGAGCACCGGCCGCGGAAACAGCGCUCCGGGAGGGAGAGGUCGCCGUCGCCGGCGUUCACGACAGGGCCGGUCUCGCCGCUGCCGCCGAUGCAGGAGCUCAAGCGUUCGCAGACCACCGUCAUGGUGCGCAACAUCCCCAACAAGCUCACGCGCACGGACAUGGUGCGGCUGCUUGACGACCACUGCGCCCGCGCGAACCGGCGGCGCGGCAGCGGCGAGCCCCGCGCCGAGUACGAUCUCGUCUACGUUCGGAUGGAUUUCGGGAUGUGCAGCGAGCAGCGGAGCAGCAACAUGGGCUACGCGUUCGUCAACUUCACGACGGCCGAGGCGGCGCGCGGGCUGCAGCGAGCGCUCCACGGCUGCCGCUGGAAGCGCCCGGCCUUCGACUCCGGCAAGGUCAUCGACAUCCGCGCCGCCCGUAUCCAGGGCAAGGUGGCGCUGGUGAGACACUUCGGCCGGACGACCUACUACGAGUGCGGCACCGACGAGUACCUCCCGGCCGUGUUCUCGCCGCCGCGGGACGGGUCCGCCGCCGCCGGCGAGGCGCAGACCGUCGGCAUCCGCGUGCCGCCGGCCACGCUGCCCCGCCACGGCAACUGAUUCGAGCCAGCAUUCAACAACCCGGU